AAAAUUAUCUUCGUACCUUGGCGCUGCCAUUCUUGGCCAUCCAUGUAAGCUAUUCGCAUCACAAAACCGAGCUGCGAAACCGCGACAAACAGAACCCACAUAAAUACCUAAAAGGAAAAAAGAAAAUAAAUCAAAACCCCCAGUAGUGGCGCCCACUUAGCUGUCGAUUCUCUUUAGUUUUUGGACAGUGAAAGAAUAAAGAUGGGUUAUUCAUUUGCUUAAUCAAGUUGGGUCUCUCUUAUAACAGCAAAAAUGAAGGUGAAAGUAGUGUGUGGGAAAGUCUACGAAUACAUCAGAUACGAUCUGAAGGAAAUAGCUUUCCCUUCUUCAUUGCCUGAUCCUCCCCACAUCAAAAAGCGCCGCAAAUUGACUUGGCACGAGCGUUUUUUAGUCUUAAAGGAGGCAUCUAGGCUUUAUGCUGCAAGCUGGGUAAGGGAUAUUGGUCCUGAUCUUAGACCAAAUGAUUAUAAGAAGGAUGAAGGGAAUGAAGGUAAACCCAGUGGAGAUAAGAGAAGGACUAAAGAGACAGAACCUUCAACAUUGGAAGAUAUUGCGGUUGCUGCAAGAGGAGGGAUGGAGACUUUGAGGCCUGCUUUACAGAAGUUGUACAUGACAAGGGCUUCUUCAUAUAGAGAUGCUCUCAAGAGUUUUAUAGAUGGAUAUCAAGAAGGUAUCCAGCAGGUCAUGGCGAAAAAGGAAGUUUCUGAAGCCCAACAGGAAGGCAAUACCCAGAAAACUUCAACUUAACUACUGAUGGUGCAUAAAAGGCAAUGCAUAGGAGUACUUCUCCAGCACACCUAUUGUUGAUAAAAUUUUAGAGCUUUGGUGGAUCUGGGUUGGCAUGAAAUCACAAGUAUGAUCCAUACCCUGGGGAAUUUUGCUGUAUUAUGAAAGUAAAUUAAAAAAACCAUGACUAUAAUGGAAAUGUUCUGUACAUAACUAUGCCUCAUUACACUAGUUCUGCAUUGCCGGUGCUGAAGCUUUUUCUUUCUUCCGAAUGAGUCUAGCAAAGUGGAAUGCAGGAUUUUUUGAUGUUUCAUGCAUGUCUGUUUUCGGUUUAGUUUAGCAUUUAACAUUCUUGUGAGAAAUGUAAAGGAACCAUUAUGCCUCAUCUCUUUGUUAAGUGCAAAUCAAAACCAGCUGCUUGAAGGAG